AUGCCUCGCUCUUUCCUGGUCAAGAAGAUCAAGGCAGACGCUUUCCAGCCCAGCCCGGCGACCCCCACUUACCACCCCUUGGAAACUUCCUACAAUGAGUUGGCGGGACCCCUGGGAGCCGGCGACCCUGGGGUGGAGGAUGGUAAGGAGGCGAGAGGCGCUCUGAGAAGGGUCGGAGGGCGGGUUGGGCGGGGGGCGCGUGCGAUGCUAGGAAGUGAUGAGAGCGAAAGUGUGGGGAUGAGGGAGAGGGGACUUAGAAGGGGACAGGAGGAGCGUGUAAAGGGUAAACACUUGGUUAUGCGCGUGCGGGGUGAGCCAAGAGCGGGCGCAACCUAUUUGGCAAGGUCUGGGUCGUUUUGCAUAGAGGGACCUCGAUUAUAACCACGGUGGGUGUUAAUGGAGUUCUCCUUCCCUCUACCUCGGUCUCUCUGUUCCCCGGACACAGUGACACCUCCCGCCCCCCCUUCGUGACUCCUCUAGGGAACGGAAACAGGCAGCAAAAAGUGGUGUCAAUCUUUUUUUAAAAAAACACACCACAAAACACAAAACUGCCUGCAGGGUGAGCGCGGGGAGGGGGUCUCUUCUACUGCUCCCACCCAUCCUCCCACAGCAUCAUUGUACCAGAGGGAUAGUUCUGAACGUUAGAACAGAAUUGUGUGUGUGUGUGUGAUUGCCCCCCGGGGGUACAUCGCCAGUGAGCAGGGAGAAAUAACCUUUGUGAGAGAGCGUUGGAUGCGUUAUGACACAUCGGCACCCAAAGUCUGGGUGGGCAAAGUUUGGACCAGGCGGUGGUCCUCACUCACCCCCUCUACUACCGAAAGGGUACACAAAACGGGGGAGGGCAGAGAUGAUACUGUACUUAAAUUGGGAUGCUUUUUUCCGUUAUGCAAUGUGAGAUCUUAGAGUUUUCUGUAGGGGGGGAGAAAUGUUCUGAGUCCAAGAGAUUUGUAUAAAUACAUUUUUAAACGGGGUGCGGGGGCAGAGUGAGAGAUGGAUAGGGUUUGCUCGCCCCAAGGCCGCAAAAGGGGGAUUUUGAGCUCAAGGUAGGAUAGGCAAAGCCUCUGUUCGCGGCCCGGACUCGGGAUCAUUCCUUGCUUUCUUUCAUCCAUUUCGUCCUACAAAGAGGCAGGAUGUUCUCCCCUCCCCCCUUCUCCUCCCAGCCGCUUUCAUCCUCGGCUGCCUUCUUCCAUCUCCCAAGUUUAUGACCCAAAGCAGCAGCAGCAGCACCUCCCAUUCUCUCCCCCGCCAACCAGAAACCCAUGUUGGACAGCUCAGGUGGACGACUUUAGCGGAGCCGUUGCAAAAAAAUGAGGCAUGGAAAAGUUUGGUCUUUCUCGCGUUUUGUGCGUGGCUAGCUGUGUGUGUGUGUUGGAAAGGGCAUUCUGCGCGUGUUUCUCGAACCUCAGGCAUUGGCCCAAUGUAUGUGAAAGCGAAGGACGCGUUUGCAAAGAGCGGCUCCGUGUUUUUGUGUGUGUGUGUGUUGUCGUGCUAGUUUAUUGCAGAUGAAUUCCCAUAGGUGCACCCUGCGUAAAACUGCUGCGUCUGCAGAAAUAUGACAUUCCUUCCUGAGUGGAUGCGGCGGCCUUUGCGAGGAGUUUUGGUUCUGUGAGUGGCGUCGCUCCAGUCCGUUCGCCCCGACAGGACUGCUGUGCGAAGCUUCAAUAGGUCAAGGGUGUGGAUGUAUUUCUAAGGAUUUAAGAGAUGCGUUGCUGGCCCAGAUCAAAAGGUCACACACUCUUUUAGCAGCGGUCAGUCCCUUAAAACGCUCGUAGCAAGAAAACAAUGGAACUCUCCUGUUGUUUCACCCCAGUAUUUGGGGUGAAGAGAUAUACUGUCCCUGUAGAAGGAGGCUUGAUUAAACCACCAUGACUAAGAGCUGCUGGUAGUCUGAUCCUCCAUAAAUUUUAAUUAAAUUCUGAUGGAUACAUAUCAUUCAUUCAUUCAUUCAAAAGUGGGAUCCCCAUCUUUCCUCUGUGAACAAUGAUACCUGGGAGCAGGUCAGUCCCAUUGAGAUCAGUGGGUCUUACUUCCAAGUAGACCUACACGGGAUUGAUGAGGCUGUAUAUUUUGUGGUUGUUGGAUUGGUGUUGUUUAAAUCAAAUUACUGUGCUAAGGAAAUCCAACUCCUGUGAUCAGAAUAAUCUGUGGAACGACCCUCUAUCGCAUUAUUUUGAGAAGGCUGCUUCUUGCAUACAAUGUAGGCUUUUGAAAGGAUCUGAAACUUUUUUUGCAAACGUUGGGAAUGGGAAGCAAAAUGAUUUGAAUAUUUGAGAAUGUGGGAUUUAGGGACGGGAGCCAGAAAUUAGUGGGAGGGGGAGGAGAACCACAUGGCGGGGGCGGGGCGCGUUGGAUUCAAGCCUUCACCCCCCCACCCCCAGUUAGUGGGAAUCCUGCUCAAUCACCCUCUGACAUAUGAGAUUUCACACCUGCCCUCCCAUUUACAAGGAUAUACUAUGGAGUCAUGGAAGAAAGAGAGAAAGAAAGGGAGAUUUUAACCCAAUUUUUUGUGACUCUUGGGCAGAGGACCUCCUUGUUUAAGAACAAGGAAUUUGGAGGAGGUGGGAAGAGAACAUUCCUGUGUCCAAAUGAUUUUUGCAAGCAUGUGAGAGGUAGUGACCAGAGUGCUGGACUAGCACCAGGGAGACCCAGACAAGCUAUGAGAUUCCUAGGGUGUUGUUGUUGUUGUUUAGUCGUUUAGUCGUGUCCGACUCUUCGUGACCCCCUGGACCAGAGCACACCAGGCACUCCUGUCUUCCACUGCCUCCCGCAGUUUGGUCAAACUCAUGCUGGUAGCUUCAAGAACACUGUCCAACCAUCUCAUCAUCUGUCAUCCCCUUCUCCUUGUGCCCUCCAUCUUUCCCAACAUCAGGGUCUUUUCCCGGGAGUCUUCUCUUCUCAUGAGGUGGCCAAAGUAUUGGAGCCUCAGUUUCAGGAUCUGUCCUUCCAGUGAGCACUCAGGGCUGAUUUCCUUCAGAAUGGAUAGGUUUGAUCUUCUUGCAGUUCACGGGACUCUCAAGAGUCUCCUCCAGCACCAGAAUUCAAAAGUAUCAAUUCUUCGGGGAUCAGCCUUCUUCAUGGUCCAGCUCUCACUUCCAUACAUCACUACAGGGAAAAGUCAAAUGAUACCUCAAGACAUGAGGUUCUCUAGAUGACCUUGAGCCAACCUCUCUCUUACCUGCCUCACAGGGUCCUUGUGGGUUUCAAAGUGGAGAACAACUUUUCCAUUUCUUUGCUACCCUAUUUGUGCCAAAGCUAAAAUUGGGAAAUCAGAUUCACCUUACACUCAGAUAGCUCAGUUGGUAGAGUAUGAGACUCUUAAUCUCAGGGCCAUGGGUUUGAGCCCACGCUGUGCAAAAAGAUUCCUGCAUUGCAGGAGGUUGGACUAGAUGACCCUCAGGUUCUCUUCCAACUACAAUUCUACGAUUCCAGCUGCCUCCAUUGCAACUAAAGGACUGUGUUGCUGUUCUCCUUAUCCAUCCUCCCCAAGAACAGCGCCUCCCCUAUUUCUUGCCCUUGUAAGUUUACCACCCAAGUCAUACAUUGAUGAUGGUGUGCAUGAAAAUAUUCAGUCCAUGAUCAAGGAUGAUGGAGUUGUCAUCCCAUGUUGGCUGCCUCUGAUGCCGUCCUUUGUCCUGCCUCCUAAGACCCCCUCUGCGAGAGGGGAUGGAGCUCAGUGGUCCCUAACCCUCUCCAGAUGGUGUGGACUACAACUCCCACCAUCCUCACUCAGCAUGGCCAACGGUCAAGAAUGAUGGGAGCUGUAGUCUGUCACUGAUGCCUUCCUUCAUCCUGCCUCCUGAGACCCCCUCUGGGAGAGGAGAUGGAGCUCAGAGAUCCCUAACCGGCCACCCUCUCUGGAGGAAGGCAUCAGGAAUAGCCAACAUGGGAUGACAACUCCCCUAAUCUUUGACCAUUGGCUGUGGGCUGGAUAUUCUAAUCUGAAUGCACACCAUCAAGUUGUGACCUGGGUCCUUUAGUUACAAUGCAGUCAGGUGGAAGCUGUGGUCCAGAACACCCUGGAGAAGGCAGCUGAUGUAGCUCAUUAGCACAGCGCUGACUUUGCAUCCCACAGUCAAGCCCCAACAUCUCCAGGUGUUGUUGGUUUGUUCUGUUUUUUAAGGCUCUUGUGUACCUGCCUGAGAAAGGCUUCUUUCUGACUGGGUCCCAGAAACCCUGGCAGCUCCUUUUUAUCCAGCCCAGAGCUCUGAGCAUCUGGCAGAGCCUAGCUGCCAUUUUGAUUCCCCAACGGAGCGCAGUUCUGGGGCAUUGUGGGAAAUGUAAAUGUUGGCUCACUAGCCCCCAGUGCUGCUGGCUGGUAAGCUCACUGGGGCCCAGCCAGAGAGGAGGGGGUUUGCCCAGGCCCUCCACAAACCUGCAGCUGACCUUGACCUGGGAUACAGCCAAUGAACACAUUCCCCCAUGUUCCCUUUUAGCCUUGGCAACUUCCCAGCUGUUACCCUGUGGAUAGGCAACUCUGAUCUGCUGUCGUCUCCACAGUCCCACAGGUGUGCUGAAUGCACAAAAUGCUGCUUACAUAAAAGCUGGGGGCAUCUAAAUUUAUUUCUCACUGUUGUGCUGCAACAUUUUGUUGUGGUGCUGCAUGGCUUGCAUGAAAUGUUUUCCAAGGUUUUGCAGCAAGAGUCAUCGAUCUUUGCAGUGGCAUAAUAAUAAUAAUAAUAAUAAUAAUAAUAAUGUUGUUUUCAUGCCGCCCAUCUGACUGGGUUACUCCAGCCACUCUGGGCAGCUUCUAACAAAUUAAAACACAAUAUGACAUCAAACAUUAAAAACUUCCCUAAACAGGGCAUGAUUCUUGAUGGGCACAUUAGGUCAGGGGUCAGCAAACUUUUUCAGCAGGGGGCCAGUCCACUGUCCCUCAGACCUUGUGGGGGGCCGGACUGUAUUUUGAAAAAUAAUAAUGAACAAAUUCCUAUGCCCCACAAAUAACCCAGAGAUGCAUUUUAAAUAAAAGGACACCUUCUACUCAUGUAAAAACACGCAGAUUCCCGGACCAUCCACGGGCCAGAUUUAGAAGGUCGAUUGGGCCGCAUCCAGCCCCCAGGCCUUAGUUUGCCUACCCAUGUCCUAGAAAGCUACUGCCAGUUUGUGCUGGCAAUAUGGAAAUAGGUGGACCAAGCAUCUGAUUCACUGCUAAGGCAGCUUUCUGUGUUCCUCUGGGACUCUGUCUUGCGCAGGCUCCAUCGGUUCCCCUUCCUUUCCACCUGGGACCCUGCAGGACGACAUCUGAGGGGGGUUGUUAACCAUCGCAAGGAACUGGAGAGUCGAUUCUCCCCUGGUGGAACCGAGGCAAAACAAAGGCAAAUUGACUGGCAAGAGCUCUCUCUCUUGUCUCAGGCAGCGGGGGCUGGCAGAUCAAUGGCAAGAGGAAAGCAGCAAGACCAUAUGGAUUGCUUUUCCCCAGGGGGGAAGAUUCCGGAGUGUGGGGGGAGAGCAUGAACAACCCUGCAAAGAGAGAGAGAGGGAGAGGGAGAGGGAGAGAGGAAGAAAGCAGCAGAGCGUGCUGCUAUUGGCCUACCAGGCUGUCAGCUACAAGCAUCCAUGCAUGUAGCUGCAUUGUGUUAGAUCUGCACUUUAGCCUCCCUGCCCCCAUCUACAGUUGUCCCUUGAGGGUAUGAGGACUUCCAUGUGCACACAGAAAGAGAGAGAGCAGUCCUGUAUGCAGGCGCUUCCCCUUUCCCUUCAAUGGAACAGGAUGUGCAAAGAGCUGCGUCUCAAUCCAUUCAACGGUAGAUUAAUCAACUAAAAGUUUCUAUUGAUUAAUUUAUCGGGGAGGGUCCAUUUUUAGGUAAAGGUAAAGGGGACCCCUGACCAUUAGGUCCAGUCAUGUCCGACUCUGGGGUUGUGGCGCUCAUCUCGCUUUAUUGGCCAAGGGAGCCAACGUACAGCUUCCGGGUCAUGUGGCCAGCAUGACUAAGCCACUUCUGGCGAACCAAAGCAGCGCAUGGAAACGCCAUUUACCUUCCCGUCGGAGCGGUACCUAUUUAUCUACUUGCACUAUGACGUGCUUCCGAACUGCUAGGUUGGCAGGAGCAGGGACCGAGCAACGGGAGCUCACCCCGUCACGGGGAUUUGAACCGCCAACCUUCUGAUCGGCAAGUCCUAGGCUCCGUGGUUUAACCCACAGCGCCACCGGUGGCCAAAUCAUAAUUAGUGCGUCUACAAUUAAAGGGAUGCGGGUGGCGCUGUGGUCUAGGUCGGUGGUUUGAAUCCCCGCAAUGGGGUGAGCUCCCGUUGCUCGGUCCCUGCUCCUGCCAACCUAGCAGUUCGAAAGCACAUCCAAGUGCAAGUAGAUAAAUAGGUACCGCUCCGGCGGGAAGGUAAAUGGCGUUUCCGUGCGCUGCUCUGGUUCGCCAGAAGCGGCUUAGUCAUGCUGGCCACAUGACCCGGAAGCUGUCUGCGGACAAACGCCGGCUCCCUCAGCCAAUAAAGCAAGAUGAGCACCGCAGCCCCAGAGUCAUCCGUGACUGGACCUAAUGGUCAGGGGUCCCUUUACCUUUACCCUUAAUGUUUCUGACACUUUCCUGCAAGUUGCUCAGGGAACAGGCACUCUCUUCCCCACCCUGUUUAUCCUAAAACCUCACCUGUCCAGGUGAGGGAGUGAGACUGGGAGGGAGUGACUGGCUCAAGGACACCCCUUCGACUUCAGAACUGGACGUGUAUUUGAAUCUGCGUCUCCCUGGGUCACGCUGCCCACUACACCAUACUGCCUCCCUAAAGGUCUUCAAAGGAUGCUGGUAGUGAACUUUUGGUUAAAAUGAUGGUUCAUCUACAUUUUACUGACUGCCAGAUUAAUAAGAAGAACCCUGCUGGAGUUGACCAGCCAUUACCGCAUCUUGUGGCAGUGAGUUCCACAAGUCAAUCAGGCAUUCAGUGAAGGGGGACAUUCUCUGAUGGAUGAGUUUGAAGGAAUGGCUCCAUAGACUCUACCAACAGCUCUGCUCUUCAGGUGAGCCAAUGGAAUGGUGUGUGGUCAAAGGGGCGUGCACCCCAAAAGCCUUUGCUGUGUCAGGGUUUGCCCCAUUUGGGGCUGCACACACUUGAGUGGCAAAACAUCUCGAGCCAUCCCUGGGUGUGGCAAUCCUUCCCUUUGGGAUUUCUCCCUAGGACAUAGGGACACUUUCUACAGUACCAGCUCCAGGGUUGUGGGGUGUCAGUCGUCAGAGGAUCUAACCCCCGACAGUAGGUUGCCAGGAAUGGAUAAGACAAGGAAAGUUCCUACCAACUGCUUUUUGUUAAAUAUUCACAGAGAGGUUUAGAAAUGCAGCUUCUUGGAAUACUACGGGUGCUGAGAUGUGCCCUCUGCCUCUGAGCUCUCUGCUCUCCUACUUUCAAUGCCUGCCAGGUUCUGGGAGAGGCUGGGUCUGGAAUGUUUUCCAAAGACACUGUGUCCAUCAGCUCCCCCCCCCCCCGUGCUUCUUCUUCCUCCUCUCCCAUUAUUUCCCAGCUUUCCCCCUCAUCUGCCUCUACGAUACGAUAAUCUUUAUUGUCAUUAACCCAUACAGAACAAUGAAAUUGAAAAACUCUACAUCAGACAUUCAAAAACCAACAAGCCUGCUAUCCCAGCUAUCCCAACCUGGUUAACCCCCUAAAAACUCUGAUACCCCAUAAUUGAAUACAAUAUACUCCCACAGAGACUAUCUUACACUGUGUUUAAAACCAAAAUCGCAUUUGGAUAGAAACUGUUUCUCAGGCGGCUACUCCUAGUCUUAAUAACCCUGUACCUUCUUCAAGAAGGCAGAAGCUGAAAGAGAUCAUUUCCGGGGUGCGCACUAUCCUGCGCUAUCUCUGCAGCUUUCUUAUGGCACCUGGAAGCAUGUUGUUGUUUAGUCGUUUAGUCGUGUCCGACUCUUCGUGACCCCAUGGACCAGAGCACGCCAGGCACUUCUGUCUUCCACUAUACCUGGAAGCAUAGAUUUGAUCUGAGAUUUGAUCUGAGCUGUGAUCUCCCUCAAACCUCUGUUGUAAUUCUGAACUGUCUUCUUCUCUGGAAGGGUCAGGCUGGGGAGAGAGUCUCCACCCCUCCUCCACUGCCCGGUCCCUGACAUGGGGUUGUGAAGGCUGAGGCAAGAUGCCCUCCAUGAGCAGGUCCAUCCUCUCUGCACUGCUGUGGAGUGAAGGGCCGUAGCUCAGUGGUAGAACUUCUGCUCUGCACGCAGAAGGUCGCAGGUUCAAUCCCCGGCCUUUCCAGGUAGGGCUAGGACUAUCUCCUGCCAGAAACCCUUGACAGCUGCUGCCAGUCAGAGUCCAUAUUACAGUGUCUCCCUCCCCCCUAUUUAUUUUUAUUUCAUGUAUUAAAUUGCACACAUAACCCCACCUUUCCCCCAAGGAGCUCUCCUCCUGCCUAUUGUACAUAUACAACAACCCUGUGAGGUAGGUUAGGCUAAGAAAGAGAGAAUGACCAUCCCAAGGUCACCCAAUGAGCUUCAUGGCUGAGUGAGGAUUUGAACUCGGGCCUUAGCCCAACACUCUAACCACUAGUCUACACUGUCUCUUUCUGCCCCCCCUUUUCUCCCCCCCCCCAAGCAGGCUCUGAACGCUUGUGCCAGAGGUCUGAACUGGCUGCGUGGAGAGACCCUUUGAAAGUAGGCUGAGGAGGAACAGAGGGACGCAGAUUAACCUCCCCUUUCCUGAAUUGUGGGCUGCCUGCUCCGUGCAGCUCAGCACAUUUGGAGAAAACGCAACAUCUUUGAUCACAAGUCAGAGCUGCUUCUGAGAAGGUCUCCCUUCCUUCCUUCCCUCCCUCCCUCCCUGUAAAGAAAAACAGAUAUUUCAGGAAGGAAAGCAAGAAUCAGGGGGAAGGAUUAAGCUGUCCUGGGCUGAGUGAGAAGAUGAGCUGUCAAAAGCUUUCCGCUUCAAAGUCUUGGCAGGCCUGUUCUGCCCAGGGAGGCUGCAGAAACCUGGAAACUUGAAAGGAGGGCAUGUGCAAAGUCUUUUCCUACCAGUUCCCCUGAGAUCCUUCAACUCCUGCUUUAGGAGUUAAAAUGCACUGCAGAAGUGGUAGAGGUGGCUAGCUUGGCCCCACCUCAGCUAGAAAAGUGCCAGCCCUCGCAAAUGCAGCAUUUGGCCCAGGAGGGGAGUUAUAAUAAUAAUAAUAAUUUAUUAUUUAUACCCUGCCCAUCUGGCUGGGCUUCCCCAGCCACUCUGGGCAGCUUCCAACAAAAUAUUAAAAUACAGUAAUGCAUCAAACAUUAAAAGCUUCCCUAAACAGGGCUGCCUUCAGAUGUCUUCUAAAAGUCUGGUAGUUGUUCUCUUUGACAUCUGGUGGGAGGGCGUUCCACAGGGCAGGUGCCACCACCGAGAAGGCCCACUGCCUGGUUCCCUGUAACUUGGCUUCUCGCAGCGAGGGAACUGCCAGAAGGCCCUUGGCGCUGGACAUCAGUGUCCUGGUAGAACGAUGGGGGUGGAGACGCUGUCCCUAAUCAUGGUGGACACAUCACCAGAUACUGGGGAUCUUGCCCAGAAAAGGGCGGCCACACCGUUUUAGCUAUGCGUCCUGCAUUGCAGGAGUUGGGCUGGAUGACCCUUUGGGUCCCUGCCAGCACUACAAUUCUGUGUGGGAAUGCUGAGGAAAGUAGGAGAGGAUAUAUUGAUUAAAUAUUAUCCCUCCUCACUCACGCUAGUGAGCAAGCAGCAGAGCACAUUCCCUUGAAGACUGAUGGAAGCAAGUUGAUGAUUCGUUAGAAUUCUUUAAGUCAGCGGUUCUCAACCUGUGGGUCCCCAGAUGUGGUUGGACUACAACUCCCAUCAUCUCUGAGCUCUGGCCUUGCUAGCUAGGGGUGAUGGGAGUUGUAGUCCAACAACAUCUGGGGACCCACAGGUUGAGAAAGGCUGCUUUAAGUUAAGCAGUCCAGUCUGGCUUGUCCAGUCUGGCUUGUUCCUGGUAAGUUUCCCCUUUUAUUUCCCUCUUAAACUAAUAAUAACACGAUAGUCUUGAUUAAAAGUAAGAGUUUACUUACAUUCAGUCCAAAGCAGUAUUCUGAAGGCAGGCUUCAUCUCGUGGUUACAGUUACAUUUGUAGAGAAAAGAAAUCUGAGUUAGGCCUCAGACUUUCUGCUUUGUGGCUUCCAUCCUCUUUAAGGAUGAGAGCCGUGUGCUGCUGGCUAAGGGCCAGCAGAGAGGAAGAUGGCAAAAGAGCAAAAAAGGCAGAAGAGGAAGAUGGUUGCAUGACUAGCUCUUUUAUAGGGUCUGCUGGGGUCACGCCCAUCUACCCGCCCCCUGUGUGUUCACUCUAGGAAACAGGAAAUGUUGUAUUUGACUGCUUCAGUGAUGAUACAUCCCACAUUCUGUGAUUCUAUGCUCCUGUUCUGCUUGCAGGUUUCCCAUAGACAUCUGGUUGGCCUCUGCACUGAACUAGAGGGGGCCUUUGGUCUGAUCCUGCUGGACUUUUAGGACAGUGGCUGCUUUUCUACUCAGGCAAAUAGCAACUUGGGGUGAGGAGUUUGGGGUGGUUCUUAAAAGGAGAAUUCGAAUUCAUGGCAAUGGAUGAUUAUCCAUGACAGUUCAAUCAGUGGCAUACCGUGGGUUGCCUGAGUCCGGGGUGCACAAGCCGUCGCUGUUGGGAUGCCUCCUUCCCCACCGGAGCCAAGUGGGGCUGUGCUACGCCACCUGCCUGCCCGCAUAGGGGUGGGGAUCCUGGCCGGCCAACAAAGCCCUUGGCGGGCAAAUCCCCCCCCCACGCCUGUGGAGAGGAGGGCCAGGCCUGGGCUGCUCUGCUGCCUUCGCCAGGACAGGAUGGGGACCUGUGCAGCAUCCUGCAUGGGAGCAACUGGUUGUGCCCCCUCAGAAUUUUGUGCCCGGGGCACUGCCUCCCAUGCUACACUACUGAGUUCAAUGGAACCUCCUUCAGAAAGUGCGCUUUUGAAUGUCAGGUGCUAUGGACAAGGAACAGGCAUGAUAUGUGCAGUAAAAUAAACACAGGAUCCCUGAUUGCUUAUUAUCUUGAUAUUUUCUUAAACUCACUAUAUUUUGAACAGUUAGAAUGUGAUUCAACCGUAACCAAGCUGCACGGCUUUUAUGAUUAAAUUAUUUAACUCCAGCUGGCAAUACGGUUGGUCUCUGUUUUGGUGAUGGCUUCUCCAUUUCCCUGGGGACACAGGUGGCGCUGUGGGUUAAACCACAGAGCCUAGGACUUGCUGAUCAGAAGGUUGGCGGUUCGAAUCCCCGUGACGGGGUGAGCUCCCGUUGCUCGGUCCCUGCUCCUGCCAACCUAGCAGUUCGAAAGCACAUCCAAGUGCAAGUAGAUAAAUAGGUACCGCUCCGGCGGGAAGGUAAAUGGCGUUUCCGUGAGCUGCUCUCGUUCGCCAGAAGCGGCUUUGUCAUGCUGGCCACAUGACCCGGAAGCUGUACGCUGGCUCCCUCGGCCAGUAAAGCGAGAUGAGCACCGCAACCCCAGAGUCAGACACGACUGGACCUAAUGGUCAGGGGUCCCUUUACCUAUCUCCAUUUCCCAAGUGUCAUUGUAGCCCCUGGGUUGUGGUUUGCGAUUUGCAACCGUUUUUAAAUUGCUCAACAGUUCAUUACCCAGAGAAUUUGGAUAUAGGGCAACUAACAGCUCGCUAAUUGAUCGGCGGAUUAAUAGCCACUCUUAGAAACAGGAUGCCAGCCCAGAUGAAGGAGACCUCCUUUUUUUGUUUCUCUCUUCUCAGUGCAUAAGCAUGCGCUGAAAAGGUGGGAGGGAGAGAAUCCAGGAAUCUGACAGAGAGAGAAGGUGCUUUUAGUGCAUUAAGGAGCAAUCAGUGUCAAGUGUUCUUGAGCAGGGACUCAGGGAAUAGCAGGAGAGGCAAGAGAGUGAAUGGGCUGCUGCUAUAGAUCUCCCUCCCCUCUCCUCCUUAAUUCACAAAUACCUGCCUGGGGCUUUGAGGCCUGUUUCCCUCCCCACCCCCCUUUCCAUAAUCAGAAAAGCUGAGUGAGGCAGAAAAACCCGGUGCUUGGCAUGUUCUUUGUUGAAGGGAACAGGUGCCCUUGAGAAGCUGAUGCUUCUGCGAGGACACCAAUAAACAGUGGCGUAGCGUGGGUUGUCAGCACCCGGGGCAAGUAAUUUGUGCCCCCUAACCCGGUAGGGGCAGAGAGCUGCGAGUGCGAGCGCCCCCCCAGAUGUUGCGCCUGGUGCGGCCGGCCCCCCUGCACCCCCCACGCUACGCCACUGCCAAUAAAGGGAAGUUUGUAGCACCCCGGUGGUGCAGAGGGAGGCAAGGUGGAUAUGGUUGGAUUCUGCACGCCAGGAACAAGGGCAGAGGGGCAGCUGAGAUCUGAGCCGCGAUAGGGGACGGAUUUCCAUAAAUCGUGACCGAGCCACCCACUCCAAAAGCCCCACCCACUUUCUGCAAUGUUGAGAGGGGUUGAAGAGGGUGCAGAAAAAUAAAUAAUGUUUGCCUAUUGUGUGGGUGGAGGGUACAAGUCCUGGCACUCCCUACAGUUUUGUGCCCUCAUGCAAUGAUGCUGCCAUCGGGCAACCUGGCAAAACCAGAAGUUGCUGUUGUUUAGUCGUUUAGUCAUGUCCUAUUCUUUGUGACCCCCUGGACCAGAGCACGCCAGGCACUCCUGUCUUCCACUGCCUCCUGCAGUUUGGUCAAACUCAUGCUGGUAGCUUUGAGAACACUGUCCAACCAUCUCGUCCUCUGUCGUCCCCUUCUCCUUGUGCCAUCCAUCUUUCCCAACAUCAGGGUCUUUUCCAGGGAGUCUUCUCUUCUCAUGAGGUGGCCAAAGUCUUGGAGCCUCAGCUUCAUGAUCUGUCCUUCCAAUGAGCACUCAGGGCUGAUUUCCUUAAGAAUAAGUUUGAUCCUCUUGCAGUCCAUGGGACUCACAAGAGUCUCCUCCAGCACCAGAAUUCAAAAGCAUCAGCCUUCUUUGUGAUCCAGUUCUCACUUCCAUACAUCACUACUGGGAAAACCAUAGCUUUAACUAUAUGGACCUUUGUUGGCAAGGUGAUGUCUCUGCUUUUUAAGAUGCUGUCUAGGUUUGUCCUUGCUUUUCUCCCAAGAAGCAGGCAUCUUCUAAUUUUGUGACUGCUGUCACCAUCUGCAGUGAUCAUGGAGCCCAAGAAAGUAAAACCUCUCACGGCCUCCAUUUCUUCCCCUUCUGUUUGCCAGGAGGUGAUGGGACCAGUGGCCAUGAUCUUAGUUUUUUUGAUAUUGAGCUUCAGACCAUAUUUUGUGCUCUCCUCUUUCAACCUCAUUAAAAUCAGAAGUGCCAUCCUCCAAAAACACAUGCCUCCUCUUCCCCACCCCUCCUCAUUUAUCAUCAUCAGUUUACUUAUAUGCCACUUUUCCACAGUUGUGCUCAAAGCGGCUCACAAGAUACCACACAGGCAAUAAUAAAUAUAAUUUUUAAAAGUGUUAAUUAGAAAUAAUCAUAAUGCAGAAGAUAAAUCCUUAUAAAAACAUACAAACAAGGCAACACACCCUCAUUUGUCUGUCAAAGGGUGCCACAAUAUCGUCAUAUUCACUAUGUGAUCCCUGAUUGGCUGAGAUCACAUAAAGAGUUUGGGGGGGGACCCCAAGGAAUCAGUAAAUGUGUGAGGCCACAGGACUCUUCAUCCAAUGUUCGUGUGUUCAAGUCCCACGUUGGACCUAUAUGAAUAGAGCUGAAUUCGCACAGGGUGCCUUUUUCACUAAUGGGGAUCAUAUCCAAUGAGUGCACUCCUGUUCCAAUCCCACCCCCCCAAAUUAUUAUUCUCUGACUCCCUCUUAGUGCUCUCCAUAUGUUUUUGAAAUAUAAGCACCAUGCUGGCUGGGCCACCAAGCUUGCAAAGACUACUCUGUGCUGAAGUGUCACAAAGAACAGGGAGACUUGAAAGACUCGUUAUCACCUCAUAUGGAGCAAAGUGGAGCCCGUCAAUUACUCUGAAAAAGGAUGGUUGCUCCUGCUCUGAGGGGGUUGGAAGAGUCUUGUAGUGCAUCCCCCUCCCCUGUCAGAAAACCCCCAAAAAUCAUAAUUUUGAUAUGCUGGAGAGGAUAAACGAAACCCGCUGCUUAACAAUUUGAGGAGAGAAGGUUCGUCAGGAAGGAACACGGGAUGCAUCCUAAAAGAUUCCCGACACAGACAUUGUUUCCCUUCCAUCCCUGUUGCUGGAAGCAACUCCUUGCCUGAAAUAGUUUGCUCCUCUUGGCAAUAACCUUGCUGUGUGUUCCAGCGAAAGUGUGAAAAAUUGCUGAGGAGUGCAUUUUUGCGCCAAGAGUGUGUGACUGCACUUGGUAAACAAGGAGGAGGAGGAGGGGGAGAAGGCGAACCAGGAGGGGGGGAAUCGUAGAGAUUGCCAGGGUUGGGGGGGACGUCUCUUAAACCUUCUGAAUUGCACAUCUGCCAAAAUAAUAAAAAUCAAAGGUGGGUUCUAUUUUUAAAGACCCAUCUCAGGCAGAGGGAAGCAUCUCCCAGUGAUCUUCAACAGCGAGAGAAAGCAAGGAUAGCUCUACGCAUUCAGGGAUUUCUCUUUCCCUUUCUAUAUAAAAAUCUGUAUUCAAGAACAGAGAUUGGGGGAGGCAAGAGAGACGUCUGUCAUCCUGGAGUGAUCUCUGGUGCUGAGUGUUCAAAAUGCAGCGCUGAGGGAAUGUGUUUUCCUACCCUUAGAAAACUCACCAUCUGUUAGGGAGGUUGCUAGUGCCCUCCUUCCUCUGCAAAGGAAUGAGUGAUGGGAUAAUAAUAAUAAUAAUAAUAAUAAUAGUAAUAAUAAUUUUUUAUUUAUACCACACCCUUCCCGGUUCAGAAAAGCAGGCUCAGGGUGGCUAACAACAAAUUUAAAACACUUAAUUGAUGCAACAAAAAAACAGCAUAAAAUGCAGUAUAAAGCGUGGAUAACAAUAAAUUCAAAAAUUCAAAAGCGGUUGAGAGUGGCAAAGCCCCAGUUUACAGAUACACACCCACACACCCUGAUGUUGACAGCAUCCACCUGCGUUCUCCCUGGUGGAAAUUUCACUCCUGUAUUGCCUUCAUGAAGGCACAUUUCAGCCUUCCAGAAUUGCCCACCUUCCAGCUCCAACUGCUUGGCUCCCUGCAGAGGAAAAGCUAAGGCAUGGGUAGGCAAACUAAGGCCCAGGGGCCAGAUCUGGCCCAAUCGCCUUCUAAAGCCGGCCUGUGGACAGUUUGGGAAUCAGCAUGUUUUUACAUGAGUAGAAUGUGUCCUUUCAUUUAAAAUGCAUCUCUGGGUUAUUUGUGGGGCAUAGGAAUUCGUUCAUUUUCUUCUUCAAAAUAUAGUCCGGCACCCCACAAGGUCUGAGAGACAGUGGACUGGCCCCCUGCUGAAAAAGUCUGCUGACCCCUGAGCUAAGUGGAUCUGUAUCCUUUUCCCUGUGGAGGAGAAAAAGGUGUGUGUGUGUGUGUGUGUGUGUGUGUGUGUGUGUUUGGGUGACAAAUGGCCAGCACCAAAACAGUUAACAACCCUUUCCUGCUCAGCAUGUACAAUGGUACCUCAUGUUACAUACGCUUCAGGUUACAGACUCCGCUAACCCAAAAAUAGUGCUUCAGGUUAAGAACUUUGCUUCAGGAUGAGAACAGAAAUUGUGCUCCAGCGGCCCGGCAGCAGCAGGAGGCCCCAUUAGCUAAAGUUGUGCUUCAGGUUAAGAACAGUUUCAGGUUAAGAACAGACCUCCGGAACGAAUUAAGUAUUUAACCUGAGGUACCACUGUACUAAAAAUGUUUGUGGGGUGUUUUGAACCCAACUCCUCCCUUGCCCCCCUAUCCAUCUGGAGAACCUCAGAGCCCAGGGGCCAAACUCAGCCCUUUGGUUUUCUCUGUCUGCCCCCAACCAGGUUCUCCCCAAGCCACACCUUCUCGGGAGACCCCCCCCCAGCGGUCCUGCUCCAUCCCCUCCCAAUGUCCUGAUUUCCCAGGAACAGUACCAGAAUCACGAAAGCCGUCCCAUCUUCCAAUUUGAUCCCAGAGUGUCCCUAUUUCCUUCACCAGCACCACUGCCAAGCUUGCCGCAGCUGCAAGGGUUAAUAAUCCCAUUGCUUUUCCAUAGCCUCUCCAUGGCCACCACUGCUGGCCUCCUCCCUUGGGGAGCUCACAGCUGGAAAACAGGCAAGGAGGAGACUGCUGGCACCAAGACCCAGCCCCAUGGGACGUGCCAGCUCUGAGGGCCGGGCAGGGGGCAGGACCACCCUGGGUGGGAAGAAAAAGGGAGCAGAGAGGAGUGCAAGGAGUCUUGGGGUUUUGUUAUGCUUUGUGUAUCCGUUGGCAAUCUUGCCCCUUUCUAAAAUUUAUUUAUUGGGGUGUGUGUGUUUUUUUCUUUCUGUAAAUCCACCAAACAAUCAAAUCUAAUCAAAUCAGGAUUAAGGCGUUUUCUUAGGAUGCUAGAGGGCAUGUGUGGCACGUCCUGUUGGCAUAAUGGUGGUGGAGAUGGUCUGCAAGGAGGGGGGACAAAUUUUUUUGGGAAUGUUCAGGGUGGCAGGAGAGGAUAUAUUGUUUAUUAAUAUCCUUCCUAACUUGUGUUGGGGACGCGGGUGGCGCUGUGGGUUAAACCACAGAGCCUAGGACUUGCCGAUCAGAAGGUCGGCGGUUCGAAUCCCCGCGACGGGGUGAGCUCCCAUUGCUCAGUCCCUGCUCCUGCCCACCUAGCAGUUCAAAAGCACGUCAUAGUGCAAGUAGAUAAAUAGGUACCUCUCCGGCGGGAAGGUAAACGGCGUUUCCGUGUGCUGCUCUGGUUCGCCAGAAGCGGCUCAGUCAUGCUGGCCAGCUCCCUCGGCCAAUGAAGCAAGAUGAGCGCCGCAACUCCAGAGUCGGCCACGACUGGACCUAAUGGUCAGGGGUCCCUUUACCUUUACCUUGUGUUAGCAAGUUCCUUUACUGAGCAAAGUUUACAUUCCUCUUUUAAACGCACAGCAGAUAGCUGGUUGCAGGCUCGUGUGAGCCUCUGACUAUUAUACAAUUUAGUCUGUCUCGGAUUGAAUUGUACGUUCCUGGUAAAUUCCCUUGAAUCCCUCUUAAAAGAGUAAAGACAUGACAAUCUUACUCAAAGUCAAUAAAAGAAGUUUACUCACAUCAGUUCACGGUUGGAUCCCUGAAGGCAGACUUAGUUACAAAUAUGUACAUGUGGCUCUACCCCAUAUGGGGGAAUAAUCCCAGUUCUUCUGCUAGCUGAGAAGCUAGCAGGACCAUUCCUAGCUAAGAAGCUGCUCAAAUGACAAAGGAAGUGAAAAAGAGAGAGUGUGCUGCGUGCCUUGUCCUUUUGUUACCUGGACAGGUAAGGUCACGCCCACCUACUAGUCACAUGCAAAAGGAAGGAUGCUCCAGCCAGGAGGAAACAGGAAGUUUUUGACUGGCUGGACCAAACAUUCCCCUGCAUGUCCACUCUAGGAAAACAAGGAAUGUUGUAUUUGACUGCUCCCAGUGGAUUACAUCCCACCAAAAAAUGGGAGGUCAAGGAGUGUCAGUUGGGGUGGGGAGUCACUCUUUUCAUCCUGGAGCCUAUGCUGCUCCAUCCCCUCCUUGAGGGGGGUGUUGUCAUCUGGGCAGCCCAGGACCUCCAUGCACACAGCCCAGGCUUACACCCCACAGAGGUCACUUUGGGGCAGCUAACGCAUAGGUUUGACUUCACCCCCGAAGGCACAUUGUCCCUCGAGACAGACGGGUGCCAGCAACAACUAACUGACUCUGACUGUGAAGGCAAAAUAUAGCCACCCUGGCUAGUAUCUGCCAAAAGCCCUCUCUCUUUCAUGAAUUUGUCAAAUCGUCCUUUAAAGCCAUCUAGCUUGGCGGCAAUCACUGGCUCCUGUGGGAGGGAGUUCCACAGGUUAACAAUGAGCUGCGUGAAGAAGGACUUUCUUUUCUCUGUCCUGGACCGUCUUGGAGAACAGCAUUUGUGGAGGGAUCAUGGAAGCUGCCUGCUGAUAUGUCGAGGGGCCCGUCUGGAGACGUCUUGGCGGAUGACCUCAGAUUCAUUUGGAGAGACCUUUCCAGUUAGGGAGUACUUCUUGGGCAUAAGCAAGGAAUUGUUCUCUUGUUUUCUGCCCUAGAUCUCAAGAAGAUCAGAACAAAAACUCAAAUGAAGAAAAAAAUACCAGUUUAGCCAUUUAUUUCUUUUUAAAAAAGCUCAAUUUGUUUACUUUUAUUUGUGGGGGAGGGAUUUCGACUCUCCCACUUGCCACAUGAGCGCCAUCUGUAGCUGGAAUAUACCAAAUGGAUGAAACUCUCCUGGUUCUUUUCCAUAAGGCACAGAUGUUGGGACAAAUGGUCACUUCUGGAACGGACUCCCAAGUAGGCGUAAUUUGAUUUCCUAACAUCAUUUAGAGCUGAAUACAUGAAAGGAGCCUGUUGCUUUUCUGUGGUGUGAGUUCCACUCUGCACAGGAAGAAUCCAAUUAGCUAGCAGGGAAUUGUCAUUGCUGUGUUUCUUUGAACCAUCGUUUUAACCAUGGUCAGCCAAAACGCCAGAACUUUGGAUGGCCCGGUCGAAUUGAUCACCACAGGUUUACACUAGAAGAAAGAAAUUAUUUCUUCAUGUGGUUAUACUAAACUAACUUUCCUUUGUAAACUGCUUAAGAGGUUUCAUUGACUAUUAAGCAGCACACAAAUUCUGAUGAAUGCAAGAAAAGAAAUAAGAGUGUUGACCUAGGACCUGAGAAACCAGGGUUCAAAUCCCCACUCAGCCACGGAGCACACUGGUUGUGCUUUAGCACAUUAUGAAAGAAGUCCUAUAGCAUUGAGAGAGUUCCGUUGGUACAGCAUGAGGCUCUUAAUCUCAGGGUUGUGGAUUCGAGUCCCACUUGGGUAAAAGAUUCCUGCAUUGCACAGGGUUGCACUAGAUCAGAGCUUUCCAAACUGUGUGUCAUGACACGUUACUGUGUCAGCUGCCGUGUGUAGGUGUGUUGCACAAACACUCCGUGCGCUCCUCCUGGGGCUGGAAAUUUGUUAGUUUAACUUCCGGUUUGUUAGUAAAACUGAAUAACUGUGUCACGAAAUGAACCGUAUCUAAAAGGUGUGUCACCAACAUGAAAAAUUUGGAAAGUUCUGGGCCAGAUGGUCCCUUCAAAUUUUACAAUUCUACGAUUCUAAGUUUGGACGUGGGUGGCGCUGUGGGUUAAACCACAGAGCUUAGGGGUUGCUGAUCAGAAGGUCGGCGGUUCGAAUCCCCGUAACGGGAUGAGCUCCCGUUGCUCGGUCCCUGCUCCUGCCAACCUAGCAAUUCGAAAGCACCUCAAAGUGCAAGUAGAUAAAUAGGUACCGCUCUGGCGGGAAGGUAAACGGCGUUUCCGUGCGCUGCUCUGGUUCGCCAGAAGCAGCUUAGUCAUGCUGGCUACAUGACCCAGAAGCUGUACGCCGGCUCCCUCGGCCAAUAAACUGAGAUGAGUGCCGCAACCCCAGAGUCGGUCACGACUGGACCUAAUGGUCAGGAGUCCCUUUGCCUUUACCUUUGUGAUUCUAAGUUAACUGGUGGGAGCCUGUUUUCCAAAAGAAGCUUCUGCAACAGCUGAUAAUUAUGACUCUGGGUCCAGUUCCAAUCCAGAUCAAUUGCUGUCAAUUGCAGAUCACCCUCCCUCCAUCCCUGCAUUAAAUAUUUGUGUUGCCUGCUAAGAGCUGGGAUGGAAUCUGGGAAAUAGCAAUGGGAGCUCACUCCGUCACGGGGAUUCGAACCACCAACCUUCUGAUUGGCAAGCCCAAGAGGCUCAGUGGUUUAGACCACUGAGAGGUAGUGAUGGCGGCUACCUUAGAUGACUGAAAGGUGAUUAAGCAAACUCAUGAAGGACAAGGCUACUGGUAACAAUGGAUAUGUGCUAUUUCCAGGGUCAGAAGCAAGCUGAGCACUUCACGGUGCAGAAAUAUUUGUGCAUGUGUGCAUUUAUACGCAAGGGCAUUAGAAAUGAGGUGCACUUAGCCCAUCUCAGAGAAAUGGCACAACCUUCUUUCCACAAGCAUGCCCUCCUCUUUCUUGGCAGCUUUCUCCUGCCCGAGGGGGCCACCUACUGGUGCAGAAGUUCAGAAGAACAGACUAUGAGGAACCCCGCAUGCACACACAUGCACACAUACAGUCUCUCAGAUUGUGAACACAGAUAGUUGUUACUCCAGCCAAAGCUGUUACUCCAGGGUUGUGGUUUUCUAAAAUAUCAAGCUCCUGUUUGCACAGCCUGGCAUUCCAGUGUGUUUCUCCCUAAUCGCUUUUUUGGGGGGGAAACAAAGUCACAGGGCUUCCCUGUGGGUCGCUGCCCUCCACACUCCAGGGAUAACUACCCUCUUAUCAUUUACAACGGGGGUGGGGACCCCCCAUCCUCAGACAUUGGCCUUGCAGGAUAAACUUACUUCCUCUUCUCCUGGUCCUGGUGUCAUAUAUGGGAAUAUUCAAGGUGAAGCUUGGAACUUUAAGCCAUAGUUAAAAGGACGAACAAUUAGGAGAGUACUCAGAACAUUCUCUUGACUCCUCCUUUGCAUCCUCAGCUUGAAUUCAAGGGGGCCCCCUUCCAAAGGAAGGAAGGAAGGAAUCAGAGCACAGGAAGGAAUCAGAUAAAUUGGAUGGGUGGUUACAAGAUUAUCAGAUUAACGAAUUGUAUAAACUUGAUAAGAAAAAUGGUUUUGCAACAGAAAAAUCCAAAUUGGAAACGGAAUUAGACACUAAGGUUAAAAAUCUCUCCAAAAAGUAUAAUUUGUUGUUAGAAUGGCAUACAAAGGACGAACAAGUUAAAUCUGUGAUGAUUCAUUGGGCAAGAGAUGUUGGACACAAUAUAAUGUUGGAAGAUUGGGAAAGGCUGUGGAAGAAAGGGGUUAAAUUUACUGCAUGUACUGUAUUAAAAGAAAAUAUUAUGAAAAUGAUGUAUAGAUCGUAUUUAAUCCCAUUACAUUUUUUUGAAGCUGCAUCACCUGGUGUCUUGGGGAUGCCAGGUGACUGACAGGUGUCCAGCCCCAUCCACCUGUCAAAGUAGCCCACUGGGUGACGUCACACGCCAGCGCCAAUCAGUGCUGUGCACGCACCCAGUUUUCCUACAGUUUGAUCCUAGGGAGAAGAUUGUACCCUGUGAACAAAAUGCACGAAGCGCCCUUCCGCUCAGCGUGACUGUGACCCAUUUCCCGUUUUACGAACUUCUAAGCUAUUUGGCAGCUGACAAAAUUUAAUUCCUUUUUUAUUUUCGUGUGAGGCAGAUGAGGGGAGGUAAUGAGGUGACCCGGCUCGCCUCUGCCUUUCCCUCCGUCAAUCAAGAGGAAAUUGGACAAGACAGAAGGAACGGCCUGAGAAAGAGGUCGGCUCUUUCCACUUGAGCUCCUCUUAUUUCCCCAGGGAAGGGGGAAAACACAAGCGCAUUCGUAGUAGCCUCUCGCUGUGGAACCGUGCGCCCGAUGCUCCUUUGUUUGCUGAGCUGCUUCUGAGUUGUAUCACCCGUUCGCUGACAGCACUGGCUGCCAUCAAAGGCUUCCCUGGAAAAGGGAGUCAAGAGGAAGACUUGGUUUUCCCUUCAUCCAGUGUGGGAAGGGAACACACUGGCCUCUCUUUCUUGAGGAGUUAACAUUCUGCAACCACGGCUAUGCAAAUGUCUGUCCUCUCGCCUAUGCCCUGUUUCCUAGUUGCAACACCAAAGCAUAACUCAGUGGCAAAAACACAUGUUUUGCGUGCAAAGGUUCUCAGGUUCAAUGCUGAGACAAUCUAGGUUAAUAAGGAUCGUCAGAUGGAAGGCGAUAGGACUCUCUGACGCAGCCAGAUGGGCAACAUAUAUUAUUAUUAUUAUUAUUAUUAGCCCUGAUCAAAAUAGAUGGAGCUCUGUGCAGACAUCAAAAGAUUCGUGAAUGAAUUGUGUGGCACUUUGUUCAGUGAGACCACAUUUCUCAGAUUUUGUUCCUUAAUUCCUGUCAAAUUAUUUGUUUUCUUACUGUAUAGCUAUCAGAUUUUUGUUGUAUUCAUAUUUAGGGUGCAGCACCUCAGAAUCCGGGACGCAGGUGGCGCUGUGGGUUAAACCACAGAGCCUAGGGCUUGCUAAUCAGAAGGUCGGCGGUUCGAAUCCCCGUGACGGGGUGAGCUCCUGUUGCUCGGUCCCUGCUCCUGCCCACCUAGCAGUUCGAAAGCACGUCAAAGUGCAAGUAGAAAAAUAGGUACCACUCUGGCGGGAAGGUAAAUGGCGUUUCCGUGUGCUGCUCUGGUUCACCAGAAGCAGCUUCGUCAUGCUGGCCACAUGACCUGGAAGCUGUACGCCGGCUUCCUCAGCCAGUAAAGCGAGAUGAGCGCCGCAACCCCAGAGUCGGUCACGACUGGACCUAACAGUCAGGGGUCCCUUUACAAUGGUACCUCCGGUUACAUACACUUCAGGUUACAUACGCUUCAGGAUACAGACUCCUCUAACCCAGAAAUAGUACCUCGGGUUAAGAACUUUGCUUCAGGAUGAGAACAGAAAUCAUGCUCCAGAGGCAUGGCAGAAGCAGGAGGCCCCAUUAGCUAAAGUGGUGCUUCAGGUUAAGAACAGUUUCAGGUUAAGUACGGACCUCCGGAACGAAUUAAGUACUUAACCCGAGGUACCACUGUACCUUUACCUUUACCUCAGAAUCCAUGUUUCAGAUGGAUUUAGAAAUCUUAGCCAUUUUCAAAAUUAAUAAUAAUGGUAAUAACUCCCUUCCUCCUUUUUUAAAACAGUGGUUUGUCAUGCAAACCACCACAGAAAAAGCUUGCCUGCAAACUUCCACAGGUCUUCGGUUGUGCCUUUAAAGCAUUCCUGUUGGUUGGCUGUAUUAUAUCUGUUAUGUACUGAAGUUCUUACCCUGGGCCAGCAGGGGGAUACUGUAGAUAGUUAUGCAAAUGAAGGAUCGAAAGUGACGUUCAGUGAUUGGAUAGUUUGUAUGCAAAUGAAGGAUCGAAAGUGACGUUCAGUGAUUGGAUAGUUUUAGAAAAUGGCAACAGUUACAUUGUUCUGGAGCUCUAUAUAAGCAGGCUGACUGAGCCCCUCAGCUCAGUUCUGUUCCAGCUUACAAAUAAAGAGCUGCUUUGGAAGAAUCGCUGUGUCGUCUGAUAUGUUCGCCCACAACUUAACAAUAUCUGCUUUCCAGAGAGCAAGAGACAUUGCUGAGGGGUACAGCCCCUCUUUUGCAUGCAGGAGACCCCAAUCUCAGUGCCUAGGAUCAAUCCAGGCAGGGCUGAGGAACACCCCCACCUGAGCUCCUAAAAAGCUGCUGCCAGCCACGGUUGACAACUCUAAGCGAGACAGACCAAUGGUCUGAUUCGGUAUAAGGCAGCUUCCUAUUUGAAUGCCCUGCUAGCUGUCAGGAGCCUGCAGAAUAGGGCAGCGUAGAAAUAUUAUUAAAUGAAUCCGUUGAUUCAUUAUUCCUGCAUUGCUGGGGGUUCGACUAGACGACACCAUCAUCAUCAUCAGUAUGAUUCCCAAUUUUAUACAUUUCAAUAUUUUUACAAUCAUUUUAACAUUUCAAAACUUGACUUCCUUCCCCCUCUUUCUGCAGUUCCUUAAAUUUUAAUAUUUUAAUAUUUUCUGCAUAUCCAAAUUAACUUAAUCUGCUCAUCUGCUUUAAAUAUAUACUCUUAUAAAACUGCAGGUUAUUACAAUAAUCCUGCCAAUGUUCUUAUCUGUUUGCAGUUUAUUUGUAAAUAUUCAAUAAACCAUUUCCAUUCUUUUAUAUAAAAAAAUUGUUAUAUUGAUUGCUUAUUUUUUCGGUAAAUUUCGCCACUUCUGCAUUUUCCAUAAGUUUUUGUAUCCAUUCUUCUUUCGCUGGGACUUCUUCUUCUUUCCAUUUUUGAACUACAGUGGUACCUCGGAUGAAGAACUUAAUUCAUUCCAGAGGUCCGUUCUUAACCUGAAACUGUUCUUAACCUGAGGUACCACUUUAGCUAAUGGGGCCUCCUGCUGCUGCUGUGCUGCCAGCACACGAUUUCUGUUCUCAUCCUGAAGCAAAGUUCUUAACCCAAGGUACUAUUUCUGGGUUAGCGGAGUCUGUAACCUGAAACGCCUGUAACCCGAGGUACCACUCUACAUGACUCUUAGGUUCCUUCUAACUCUAGGAUGUCAAGGAAUGUCAAGGAAAUAAAAAACUAUACAACUUUCCAAAGACAUCUGACGGCAGCCCUGUUCAGGGAAGUUUUUAAAGUGUGACAUUUUAAUGUAUUUUUAAUCUUUGUUGGAAGCCACCCAGAGUGGCUGGGGAGACCCAGCCAGAUGGGCAGGGUACAAAUAAUUUGUUGUUGUUGUUGUUGUUGUUGUUGUUGUUGUUGUUGUUACGAUAUAGAAGCAAUGCAGCUGCGAGCUGCUAGAUUGAAAACAUCACAUGAUGUUGGGACUGUCCAUGGGAAUUAGCUCAGUGUGUAAUAUGAGCUGUACAGGACGUGUUUGCCUCUCGACUGCUGGAGUUUGAAGAGAGCAGUCAUGUUUUUUGUAACACUGCAAAGACAGAAAUAAAGGCAUGUAAAUACGUUUCUAUCUCUUUCCCCUGCCGGGGGGGGGCAACAAAGAGGGGGGGUGUUCUUCUCACGCUGAGAAGGAUCGCCUAUCGCGACCUAGCCUGGAUCCUGCUGGGGAAUGCAGACAGGGAGGUCAACAGGAGACCAAGCCGGGUGCCUGGGAGAGUUGCCAGUUUCUCCUGAUAAAGGCUUGAUUUCCAACUAUUAUUCUGUGAUUUCAUCAACGAGUUGACCAGACUCCCUUGGAAGAUGGGGGACUCUCCUUCCUUGGAGAUUUUUAAGCAGAGGUUGGAUGGCCCUCUGUCACAGAUGAUUUAGUUGAGAUUCCUGCAUUGCAGGGGGUUGGCCUAGAUAGCAUUUGGGGGUCCCUUUGAACUCUAGGAUUCCCUGAUUAACUGAACCCUUUCUGUCCUCCGUAGGCUAUCUCCAGACCUGCCUCGCGUCGUCCAGCUACAAGAAUGAAAAGAAGAAGCUCCACUUGGCGUCCUCAGACCCAAUCUACACGCCGUCGCACGAAGACUACAGCGACCCUGAGAGCCCCCAAUCCAGCUUGUCGGCGCACUACUUCAAUGGCGAAGCCGCCGUCACCGAGAGCUACUCGAUGGACGCCUUCUUCAUCACCGACGGGCGGUCGCGGCGCCGGGGAGAGGGCCAGCGGCGGGGCGCGCACCGCCACUCGUGCAGCGAGUGCGGCAAGACCUACGCCACGUCUUCCAACCUCAGCCGGCACAAACAAACGCACCGCAGCCUGGACAGCAAGAUGGCGAGGAAGUGUCCCACCUGUUCCAAGGCCUACGUCUCCAUGCCCGCCCUGGCCAUGCACAUCCUGACGCACAACCUCAAACACAAGUGCGAUGUGUGCGGCAAGGCUUUCAGCCGGCCGUGGCUCCUGCAGGGACACAUGCGUUCCCACACGGGUGAGAAGCCCUUCGGCUGCUCCCACUGCGGAAAGGCCUUCGCUGACCGCUCCAACCUGAGAGCUCACAUGCAGACGCACUCGGCCUUCAAGCACUACAAGUGCAAGCAAUGCGAGAAGACCUUCGCCCUCAAGUCGUACCUCAACAAGCACUACGAGUCAGCCUGCUUCAAGGGGGCUGAGCACGCCUGCGAGGAGGAGAACUGA